GCAGGAGAGGUGAGGUCACGUCUCCCUUGAGCCCUGAGCCACUGGCUUUUCAGAGCCUCACCAGGAGCCGGCAGCCUCAGUCCCAGACCGCGCGGACCCUGUGCUCCUCUGCCCACCCUGUGCCGCCGGCCUCGCCCAUGUCUCAGUACGACCCCAGCGCGGACUUCAAGAGGGCUCUGGACAGCAGUCCAGAGGCCAACACCGAGGAUGACAAGACCGAGGAGGACGUGCCCAUGCCCAAGAACUACUUGUGGCUCGCCAUCGUCUCGUGUUUUUGCCCCGCGUACCCCAUCAACAUCGUGGCUUUCGUCUUCUCCAUCAUGUCUCUGAACAGCUACAAUGAAGGAGACAUCGAAGGAUCCAAGCGGCUCGGGAGGAAUGCCAAGUGGGUGGCCAUCGCCUCCAUCAUUAUCGGCCUUCUCAUCAUCGGUAUUUCUUGUGCAGUUCACUUCACAAGGAAAGCCUGAGCAGUCAGCAGUCUACUGCGAGCAAGGAGGACAGACCUCAUCCACACACACACCCACAGGAGUUUCUAAGGAAUGGACCCUUGACUUCAGGACUGUGAGAUCUCCUCCUCCAGCAAUCUCCAGAGGCAGGUCCCUGGCAAAUGAACUUUAAAAAAAGGAAAAGGAAAAGGAAAAAUUUCUAAAAU